GAGGCGUGCCAUAGACGGAGUGGUGGACAUCACAAAGCUCUGCCUGAUGGAGAUGAACCAGGAGGAACUGGCCGACUCACUGUGGAGUGGAGCUCUUUCAGUCCAGUGCCAGCAUAAACUCAAGUCUCAUCUGAAGAAGAAGUUCCAGUGUGUGUUUGAGGGAAUCGCUAAAGCAGGACAGACAACACGUCUGAAUGACUUCUACACAGAGCUCUUCAUCACAGAGAGAGGCAGGGGAGAGGUCAACCAGGAACAUGAGGUCAGACUGAUUGAGAAGACUUCCAGGAAGCCAGCCAAUGAGGAAACACCAAUCAGAUGUGAAGACAUCUUUAAGCCCUUACCUGGACAAGAUAAACCAAUCAGAACAAUAAUGACAACCGGAGUGGCCGGCAUUGGUAAAACAGUCUUAACGCAUAAGUUCACUCUAGACUGGGCUGAGGGCAAAGCCAACCACGACAUACACUUCACAUUUCUCCUCACUUUCAGAGAGCUGAAUUUACUGAAAGGGAAAGAGUUUAGCUUAGUGGAACUUCUGCAUCAGUUUUCUGUUGAAACAAAAGAAUCAGGAAUCUACAGAUACAACCAUGACCAAGUAGUCUUCAUCUUGGAUGGUCUGGAUGAGUGUCGACUUCCUUUGGAUUUCCAGAACAACCCCACCUGGACUGAUAUCACAGAGCCGACCUCAUUGGACGUGCUGCUGACAAACAUCAUCAGGGGAGUCCUGCUUCCCUCUGCUCGCAUCUGGAUAACCACACGCCCUGCGGCAGCCAAUCAGAUCCCUGCACAGUGCGUUGACAGGGUCACAGAGGUGAGAGGGUUCAAUGACUCACAGAAGGAGGAGUACUUCAGGAAGAGAUUCAGAGAGUGGACACUGGCCAGCAAAAUCAUCUCUCACGUCAAGAAAUCUCGAAGCCUUCACAUCAUGUGUCACAUUCCAGUCUUCUGUUGGAUCACUGCUACAGUUCUGGAGGACUUCUUCAAAACAACCCAGAGAGGAGUAGAGGUGCCCAAGACAAUGACUCAGAUGUACAGCCACUUCCUGAGGGUUCAGUCCAUACAGGGGGACAGGAAGUAUCGUGAGAGAGCUGAAACAGAUCCACACUGGAGUUCGGAGAGCAGGGAGAUAGUUUUUUCUCUUGGGAAACUGGCUUUUAACCAGCUGGAGACAGGCCAGCUGAUGUUCUACGAGGCAGACUUGGCAGAAUGUGGCAUCGAUAUCAGAGCAGCCUCAUUGUUCUCAGGAGUGUUCACUCAGAACUUAGAAGCGGAGUGUGGGCUGUACCAGGAUAGGGUGUUCUGCUUUGUCCAUCUGAGCAUCCAGGAGUUUCUGGCUGCCCUUUAUGUGUUUCUGUCCUACAUUAACACUGGUGUCAACCUGCUCUCAGAAGAACAGCCAACCUCCAGGGAAGAUGAACUCCUCCUCCUCUACCAGGGUGCUGUGGAUAAGGCCUUACAGAGUGAGAACGGACACCUGGACUUGUUCCUCCGCUUCCUCCUGGGCCUCUCCCUAGAGACCAAUCAGAUUCUCCUACAAGGCCUGGUGGGACCAAAAGGAAGUGAAUUACCGGGCAAUCGCACUAAAGAAGUUCAGCUGGGACAGACCAGAAAGAGGUCACAAAUCAAUACCCAAAUUGUGCAUUACAUCAAGGAGAAGAUAGGUGGAGAUCUCUCUCAAGAGAAAAGCAUCAAUCUGUUCCACUGUCUGAAUGAGCUGAACGACAAUCCACUAGUGGAGGAGAUCCAACAUUACCUGACAUCAGGAAGACUCUCCACAGAAUCUCUCUCCUCUGCUCAGUGGUCAGCUCUGGUCUUCAUCUUACUGACAUCAGAAGAGCAGCUGGACGUGUUUUACCUGAAGAAAUACUCUGUUUCUGACAAGGGUCUUCUGGGGCUGCUGCCACUGAUCAAAGCCUCCAAAACAUCUCUGCUGAAUGGCUGUCAUCUGUCAGAGAGAUGCUGUGGAGCUCUGGCCUCAGUUCUCAGCUCCAACUCCUCUAGUCUGAGAGAGCUGGACCUGAGUUCUAAUUGUCUGAAGGAUUCAGGAGUGAUUCUGCUGUCUGGUGGACUGGGGAGUCCACACUGUAAACUGGAAACUCUCAGGCUGAGUGGCUGUGAUAUGUCAGGGAGAUGCUGUGAAGCUCUGGCCUCUGCUCUCAGCUCCAACUCCUUGAGUCUGAGAGAGCUGGACCUGAGUUCCAAUCGUCUGCAGGAUUCAGGAAUGAAGCUGCUCUCUGCUGGACUGGGGAGUCCAAACUGUGCACUGGAAACUCUCAGGCUGAAUGGCUGUUGUCUGUCAAAGGGAGGCUGUGAAGCACUGGCCUCAGUUCUCAGCUCCAACUCCUCUAGUCUGAGAGAGCUGGACCUGGGUACCAAUAAUCUGAAGGAUGAUUCAGGAGUGAAGCUGCUCUCUGCUGGACUGGAGAGUCCACACUGUACAUUGGAAACUCUCAGGCUGAGUGGCUGUCAGAUGUCAGAGAGAUGCUGUGAAGCUCUGGCCUCAGUUCUCAGCUCCACCUCCUCUAGUCUGAGAGAGCUGGACCUGAGUACCAAUGAUCUGCAGGAUUCAGGAGUGAAGCUGCUCUCUGCUGGACUGGGGAGUCCACACUGUACACUGGAAACUCUCAGGUUGUCUGGCUGCCAGGUCACAAAGGAAGGCUUUGCUUCUCUGGCCUCAGCUCUGAGCUCCAACCCCUCCCAUCUGAGAGAGCUUGACCUGAGCUACAAUCACCCAGGAGACUCAGGAGCUAAGCUGCUCUCUGCGGGACAGGAGAAUCCACACUGGAGACUGGACACUCUCAGUGUGGAGCACAGUGGAGUGUGGAGGCUGAAACCAGCUCUAAAGAAGUAUGCCUGUGAACUCACACUGGACCCAAACACAGCCAACGAACUACUCUCUCUGUCUGAGGACAACAGAAAGUUGACAAAGGUUGAAGAGAAACAGCCGUAUCCGUCUCACCCAGAGAGAUUUCUGUAUUUGGCCCAGGUGUUGUGUAGAGGGGUUCUGACUGGCCGCUGCUACUGGGAGGCAGAGUGGGAAGGAGAGGUUUAUAUAGGAGUGGCAUACAGAGGAAUGACAAGGAGAACAAAGGGUGGUUAUAGCAGGCUUGGAUUGAACAACAGGUCCUGGGUUCUUGAUUGUUGCGAUGAUCAUUACGAUGCCCGUCACAACGGUAGUAGAACACCCAUAGCCCUCCCCCCCGCUCGCUCUAACAGAGUAGGAGUGUACCUGGACCGGCCUGCUGGCACUCUGUCCUUCUACAGAGUUUCCCCAGGUGGAGGAGGGUCCUCAGACACACUGACACACAUCCACACCUUCCAGUCCACCUUCACCCAGGAGGACCUCCUCCCUGGGUUUGGGUUGGAUAAGCCUGGUUCUUCCGUGUCUCUGUGUCCAGGGGCAGACUUGCCAUCGGCAGGAUCGGGAGAUUUCCCGACCGGCCGGACAAUUUCAGGCCGGUCAAAUAUUUUUUGAUAUUUGCACAGUGCGAAAUGGAGGUCUGGCCUGCAAAACGGGGCCGAUGUAUUACUGUCAAUUUAGAGGUUGGAUAACUUUUAAACACAGUGUAUGGGGGCAAAGCGAUCGGCCGAAAGGCUCCUCCCAACUUGGACUGCUCUGCGUUGUGUCCAUUCUGAUUGGCUCAGCCUGACACACGGCCGGGUCUCUUACUUCAUGUUUACCUCCCUCUGACAAUAUCAUCCCACUGCAGACACAAAUGGGCGUUCUCGUGUGGUGGGGGUUCCCGUUUACGCAGACUGGAACGCCCCCUUCUUAUUCUUCGUUGCCUUUCUCGCUGAACUGUAUUAAAAUGUCAAAG